AUGAUAUUUAGUGGAUCACUCAGAACUACAACUCCGAAAUAAAAGUCUUAAAUACGCACCAAAAAACACUUUGAAGUCAAGCACGAUUUAGAAGACCAGCUAUUAUCACUCAAAUAUAUAAACAAUCAGAACAUCAUUUAAUGCAUUAAAACCAAAAAGCACGUUUCGCCUAUUUCCAAAGAUGAAAAUGUCAAUAAUAGCAGGUUGAGAAGAUCAACAUCUCCAUUAUAAAAUAGUUAAUUAGAUAGAAAUUUAGUACCCAAAAUUGAUAAUGCUCCUAAAACACCUUAAAAAUCAAGACUUUAUGCUAAUUUAUUUAAUAAUUCGUGUACGUUUUAAAACAUUUGUUUACAAUAAUGUCUCAAUUGUAAAUCCAACAACAAAGAGAAUUUGCGUAUAUAAGAAUCCCCAAUCAAGAUGACCCAAUCUUUGUUUAGAAUAGAGCCUUAAACCUGUUUAACAAGUAAAGGGAAUUACUUUAAAAAAUGAGAG